UUAUAUACAGAUAUGUCUAUAUUACAAAAAAGACAUCUUUGCAAAGACAUAAUCGUGCAAGUUAAAAUUGUUAAGUUGUGAAAACAAUUCACAUGUUGUCAUUGCUAUGUCUUUUCGGAGAGUAAAAAUAUCUUUAAUAGUACUCUUGAUAAGUACGUAUACGAGUGUGGAGUCAUUAACAACUCGUAAAUCACAAUCAAGGCAACGACAUUCAUCGUGGAGGCACGCACGAUACUAUAAUUGACCUUGAUUUGGAUUUAUCUGACCUUGGGCCACUUUGCCAAAACUUGUCUCCAAUAAGAGAUGCCAAUCAUUACCAAAUUUGGAUCGCAACUCUUUUUUUUUAUAUUAUGAUCAACAUGUCAGAAUUAUUCGCGCAAUAGCCACUAAAAUACGCAUACGUUCUAGAAAGUAUCAUGUGUUUUGAGAUUUCAGAAACGAUCAUAUGAAUGAGUACCUCUUUAGCUGCCGAUUCUUGGAAGGCCUCCUUGGCCCCCUGGCCUCAUUCGCAUUGGAGCCUCCACCGGAAUAAAUAUGAGACUAUUUGGCAUUUCCGCCGAUUUAGUUCUCAGACUUAUCUCAUUCCUUUAUAUUCUUAUACGUAUAUUUCAAUUUCAAUUUCAAUAGAACUUAAUGUUAAUGCUUUAAUGUCGUUUUCUAAAGUAAAACGCGGUGAUAUUUUCUAAUAGACUGUCAAUAUAAAAUUAUUUGAGUCCACGAAUUUUUCCUGGAAAAUAUUUUGUCAAGUAUUCAAUAGUUGAGAAACGGCUUUUUACGAUUAAGGUAAAAAUCAUGUAUGCGCGACGGAAAUCAGGAACCUACACCCACUCGGACCUAAAACUGGCCAGGCCUGGUCACGGCUGUUGCGCGAGUCUUGUUCAUAAACCGGCUUCGAGUGGCGGGUGCGAAAGUUUCUGCGAAAGUCUGUAGCUCUCUGUAGAGACCCGAAUCCUAAUAUCAAUUCUAUUUAUAAACCCAUACUUCUAUAAGUAGCGCGUUACAAGGAGAAAUAUCCGUUCAUACUACCGUCGUUCCAGUCGUUCCAGUUACUCGACGUGCUCCAAAGAUCUUGUUAUUAUCUGAUAAAUAUUCCCAAUAAAAUUGAUUGAUAGGUUACAAUAAAAUUAAUCAAAUUAAUCGGGAUGUCGGUCAAGCCUUCCAUGUUACCCGUUACAGAUUUCGUGAGGCAGGGUUUAAGAAGAACACAAUGUCAGCAGCCGUGAGGGAGCGAACGACGACGCACACCAGCAGAAAGAUCGUGAGUCAUGGCGGUCCUAUAUCUGGCCAGAGAGACGGAGCAGCCACGGCCAGCAGCCUCGAAAACAACUUGGACGCACUUCUCGAGGAUCUGCAGACGAGUGUUUCGAGAAGUGCCACUCCUAGCCGAGACAGAACACUUUUGCCUCAAGUUGAAUAUCGGGUAGCUGCCAAUCCCACUAGAGUGGUCUCUGAGGGCAGACCCAUGUCUCCGACUCGUUCGAGGGUGACUACCACUGAAAAAUUCGUCAGUACCGGUCCAACUGGUACACCGAGCGGUAUACCAGGACUGGAACAUCUGGACGCGGAGCUGCAAGAUGUCCAACCCGGUCAAAGCAAAACGAUAGCAUACAAGCAGGUCUCAUAUCAUUAUAACAAAGAUUUGGACGGGAAACCAGAUUCAUGGGUCAUAUCAGAAAGCAAACAGCCUCUCACUGGCGCGCCCUUGAUGGACGACAUCCAUGAAACUACUUACGAGGAGACUAAAAGCCCAUAUACAUAUCAAAGUCUGGAACCGAUUAUUAAAAAAACAGUAGUUAAUAAAGAACUGAUCUACGGCGACAGUUCAACGUCUGGUUCGAAACAAACUUCUCCUCUGCCAGGAAUUCAAAAAGAUGUCAAGUAUCUUCACGAGACUGGUUACCAAACUGUCGAGCCACGACCGAUACAAAGUCCGCAAGAAUAUAAAACCAUCGAAUAUGUAGUCCCGUCGCCAAGUCCAUCGAUACCAAUCAAUCUGGCACCUGGUCCAAACACAAAGGUAACCACUACCAUAAAGACUUACACCUAUGAGCUACCGGGAGCGCCAGAGACAUAUUUACCAGGUGGCAAUGUGCCAGGGAGCGUUGUGCUGCCUGGCGAUCAAACGAUCACGUACACCCUACCAAGAAGCGGAACUACCACCGCAGAUAAGACAGUCACUUAUCAGACCGUGACGGAGGGACAUCCCGGUACACCGAUCAGAUACAGCAGUUCACCAACCGAUAUCACCGAGAAGUCGAAAACCUUCCACAAGGAAUCGAAGUUCUACCGUGAGGAGCACCAUGGUCAACCGACGCAGCCUUCUUACUCUUAUCGCAGUCCACCGUCGAACAUUGAAACUAAAACUACUGUGACCGAGAAGUAUUACCAGGUUGACGGUAAUUACCCUAAUGGUCAUGAACCAGGCGAUCAUCCCGACAGCACGACCGUCAUAUAUCAAAAUCAACCACCUACUGUAAGCGAGACGCACACUAGGACCAUUAAUCGUUUCGAAGAGUACAGAUCUGGCAAGCCGCCGUCCAGUGGACGUCAUCCGAUAUCCGACAAACCAGACACGAGCUAUUAUCCGCGGCAAAGUACACCGCCACAAUCUAGCACAACGAUUUACAAGUUUUCGAAUACUACAACGACAGUACCGCCGAGCAAGAAUGCCGAUGACCACGAGGUCCUUCUGCCAAAACCAUUUCCAACUGGUGCUCAAGUAUAUCCUACUAAGCCAGUCGCUAAUGGCGAAGGACCACCAACAAAAUUGGAAGAUCUAAUGGCUUCGUUCUCUGAUUCUGAACGAGAAGUAUUGGAAGAUAUAGAGAAACAAGAACGUCAGAAGAAAAAGGGAUCACCGGCUACGAAAAAAGAAGUUGAUUUCGUCCCACAUACACCACCGAAAGUUAAAAGCAAAAAUGUUGCUGGGCCACCGGUCUAUUAUCCUCCAGGUUCGGCAGAAUUCACCAAAAAGGAAGAAUCUAGUUCAGCCAUAUCACAAUCUAGUGGAGGAUGGGAAAAAGCUAGCGCAAAAUACGAACACGAGGCUUCUAGCAAAAGCAAAAGUAAAAGCAGCAAAGGAGGUGCCGUUGUCCCAGUUUGCCUCCCAUUAUGCUGUGCAUUGCCAUGCGUCAUCAUGUAACUUAUUAUUACAUUAAUAAUUUAAUGAAGUACUUGACACAUAUACAUUUACACAAUUUAAAUUUGUUAUUGAUAUAAUCAAAAGAAAACAGAAAAGUUAACAGAAAAAUAUAUAGUUUUAGAGUAGAAUUUUAUAAAUUUCAUAAUUCUUCCUUGCCAAUAUGAGAUAUGUUCGUCGAGUUACAUGUUAUGCUUUUUUCUUUUUUUUCUUUUUUUCUUUAAGCUAUACAUUUAUCUCAUUUUAAAUAUAAAAACUGGUUAAAUGGUUAAAAGGAACAAUUUUACAUAUAUAUGUGUUAAUAUUUAAUACGUGACAGAUUAUUUAGCAGGCAAAUAAUCAAAGUAAAUUGUCUUGUUACAUAAAAAUAGUCGUUAAUACAUACUUAUUAAGAGAAAUUUUAUGUUAACAUAAGUAUAGUUAUUUAUAAAUAUA